AACUACGGCGGCAUUCCGCAGACCUGGGAGGCGAGCGACCUGCCUGACGCCCUGACGGGGCUGCCCUCCGACAACGACCCUCUGGAUUUUCUGGAGAUCGGCAGCGAGCCAAUCCCCGUCGGCGGCGUCGUAUGUGUACGGGUGCUGGGGGCUUUGGCACUUAUAGACCAGAACGAGACGGACUGGAAGGUAGUGGUGCUGAGUACGAAAGACCCACGGGUCGCUCAAUGGCGGGAUAUAUCUGAUGUGCCGCCGGAAAUGCGACAGCAACUGUACGAGUUCUUCCGCACGUACAAGGUA